CUGACCUGCCACCCAUGUUUCGCACGCGUCGCUUUGUUGCUUUGUCGCUUUGUGUCCAACGACGUUCGCGCUCCCGAUUCGAGGAUUCGGCUAUGCAAAGUGGGACCCUGAUCGGCAAGUGAUGCUAUUCCUGGCCUGGGGCCGUUUGUGGUUGGUUUGUGGAGCGAGCGGGAUCGAGGAUCCAGAAGGCUGGAUGGAGCUGAGGGUUUGCUUAAAAGCCUAGUUUCUCCAGCCUGCUUGGAAGACCAUCACUUCAUACAGCUCAUUACACCCACCGUACACCCGUUUGCAACAUACAUUCGAGACGCUUGCGUGUUCAGCAAAAGACACCACUCGCUUAGUUGACUGAUCGAUUCCGACUCACGCCUUCCUUCACUUACCACACAUCCACAUCCACAUCCACAAUGAAGUCCUUCGCCCUCGCCGCGGCCGCUGCUGCCCUCUUCUCCACCGCCUACUCCGCAACCGUCACACUCCAGGAGACGCCAUGCAUACAGAACAACACCAACCUCGAGACCUUCGAGAUCGAGCUCGGCAAGCUGGUCGUUAAGGACCUCCCCUCCGUCUGCGGCCUCAAGCUCCUCUCCGCCACCGACGCCGACAUCAACGCCAUCAAAUGCCAAGCCUACAAAGACGCCGCCGGCACGCAAAAAGGCAGCGCCGAAUUCACAUUCGCCUCGCCGGCGCUCAUUUCCACGAACCCCGUGCAGGAGGGCAGCAUCCUGUGCACGACGGGCGAUAUUGGGGAGGCUUCGACGCUGGCGGUCGUCACGGCGACAGCGACGGGCACCGGAGGUGGCAGCAGCCCGACGGGUGCGAAUGCGACAGUGAGCACGGGCGCGCCGGGUAGCCAGCCUACAGGUAGUGCGACCGGGCCGGGGGCGCCGGAUGAGACGGGCGCUGCGGGUGCUAUUGGGGUUAGUAUUGGAGCGGUGGUCGGGGCUUUUGCGAUGUUGAUGCUAUGAGCCCUGUAAGGCAUUGGUAAUUGAUGGCGGCAUAUGACGGCGUUUCUUCUGGGCUUUGGAUAUAAUACCAUAAUUGAUCGGCGGGCUGGACUGGACUGGACUGGAUUGGAACAUCAUGAUUAGAGAAUUGGGUUGGAUUGGGUUGGGCCUACAUUUGCAUGGCAAAGGCGUCUUGCAUGUCUCUCCUUAGGGGCUUUCUCUUUUUGAGCU